AGGGAGAAUUGUUUGAGCUCAAUCUAUUUUUUUUUUAACAGAGUCUCACUCUGUCACCCUAGCUGAGUGCCAUGGUGUGAUUAUAGCUCACAGUAACUUCAAACUCCCAGGCUCAAGUGAUCUUCCUGCCUCAGCCUCCCGAGUAACUGGAACUACAGAAUUAGAAUGAUUACUCAGAGAGGUUAAGUGACCUACCAGAGGCCACCCAGCUGUGAGGGCAGAGCAGGGCUUCUCACUUGAGUCCCUGCAUUGCUCCCUCCUCCUUGAGCUUCCCAGUUCUCCACGCUAUCUGACAGAGGGGCUCCAGAAAGACCCAUCUGCUCUGUCUCAGCAGGGCCGGGAGCCAUGUCCCUUAUCCCCUGGCUCCGGUGGAAUGAAGCCCCAUCCCGUCUGUCCUCCCGGAGCCCAGCUGAGAUGGUGCUGGAGACCCUCAUGAUGGAGCUGGCAGGGCAGAUGCGAGAGGCUGAGAGACAGCAGCGGGAGCGCAGCAAUGCGGUCAGGAAGGUGUGCACGGGCGUAGACUACAGCUGGCUGGCCAGCACUCCCCGGCCUACCUAUGACCUCAGCCCUGGGGAGCGGCUGCAACUGGAAGAUGUUUGUGCCAAGAUCCACCCAUCCUACUGUGGGCCUGCCAUCCUCAGGUUCCGGCAGCUGCUGGCGGAGCAGGAGCCGGAGGUGCAGCAGGUGUCCCGGCUCUUCCGCUCGGUGCUGCAGGAAGUCCUGGAGAGGAUGAAGCAGGAGGAGGAAGCCCACAAGCUGACUCGGCAGUGGAGCCUGCGGCCCCGCGGCAGCCUGACCACCUUCAAGACCCGCGCGCGCAUCUCCCCGUUCGCCAGCGACAUUCGGACCAUCUCCGAGGACGUGGAGCGAGACGCACAGCUGCAGCCCCGGACCUGGAGCAUGCCCGAGUUCCGGGCGCCCAAAACCGACUGACCCCGCACCUCCACCCCACUCCCCUGCUCAGGAGCUGAGCCACCAGCAGGAGGGCGUGAUGGGCCGCAGGGUCCUGGAACCUCCCCCACACAUCCCAAGACGCUGCUGUAAGAUGGAGCAAACUCUUCCCCACCCCGGCCUCUUCCUCAGUCACAAAGUUGAGUUGGGGCGUGGAGCUGCAUGGGUCCCUGUCCUCCUACAGGAGUCUCCCCGCCCUAACUGUCAGAUUUAAGGUCUUAGCGGAAAGACCACAGCCCCAGCCCCAGCCCCAUCUCCUGAUUCUGCUUGGGAAGGGAAGAGUUGCCCUUCCUUUUGGAAGAUCCGAGCUCUCGUCCUAACUCCAGGGAUGUCCAUUCACCCCUACGCCCUAGGUAAUGGUAAGGGGCCUGUCAGACGGUAUUCACUCUGCUCACCGCAGCCUGGCAGGUUGGCACAGCUGGAAGGAACCAGAGAGACCAGUAGGUCCGCUCACUUCAGCUAGUCAAUGAGGAAACCGA